AUGGAGAUCAGACUCCGCUGCCUUAAAAGAAAACACAAGGCCACAGAGUUCCACAAGCUGAGAAGGAGAAAAAGUCAACAACUAGAGCACAAGGCAGCCCAAAGCAUACCUGGAGAUAUGAAUGACACCCAUGACAAGGGCAAUAUCAGUGCUACCGUGGAAUUGUUCCAGCUCAUCGUGUACACCCCCACUUUUAUCCUGGGAUUGCUGUUCAACAUAAUGGCUCUGUCCUUCCUGUUUUUUAAGGUUAAAAAGCUGUCAGAAUCUACAGUCUACAUGAUAGCCCUUAUAUUCCUGGAUACUUUGCUGUUGUUUACUCUUCCUUUUAAAAUCAUUUCCUACCACCUUCAGGACAGCUGGAACUUGGGGUCUGUGUUUUGCUCCACCUUGGAGAGUCUUUACUUUGUGAACAUGUAUGGCAGCAUCCUCAUCUCCCUGUGCAUCUGUGUGGACCGGUACAUCGCUAUCCAGUACCCUUUCGCGGCCCUCACCCUCAGGUCCAUCAAGAAAGCUGCCAUGGUCUGUGCUCUCAUCUGCCUGGGCACCUCCGUGGGGACAGUCUCUACUUUCCAACUGCAUGGAAAGGGCCACAACAUCUCGUCCUGCUUCCAUAACUUCUCCAAGAGCACGUGGGAGAACGCAGGCCUGUUCAGCACCUUGCAGAUCAUCUUUUUCGGCAGCAUGGCAGCCAUGACUUUCUGCACUGCCCAGACUGUCCGGUGCCUGAGAAGGCACAGAAACCCCGAAAACCCCCAAACACACAGCACCAGAGCAGAGAGGAUCGUGGUGACAAACCUGGUCGCCUUUUUGGUGUGUUUCACACCUUACCACGUGGCAUACUUCGUGUACUUCUUGGUGAAGAACAACAUUGUCCACAUUUCUUUUCAACAAGUGCUACGAGACACUGUUCAGGUGACCCUUUGCUGGGCAAACCUGAACUGCUGUCUUGAUGGGGUGUGUUAUUAUUUUGUUUUAAAGGAGUCCUUGGAAGACACAUUGCAAAACAGUGAAAAAAGAGCCACGCAAAAGCCUUGAUUUAUGUACUGCAUGUUCAUUACUUGGGAUGAUGUGUGGAGAGGUUUUAGUGGAAAGUACAGGGUUCUGAACUUCUUAACUAAGCAGUUUGCUUUAAAUACU